GCGGAUCUGCUGGCUGUAAAAAGAGCUCGGUAGGUCAGCUGAUGUUCCUGGUGCAGCUGCUGGUUGACAGCUCGGAGUGUGUGGACCGUUCAGGACUUUGGAACUAGGCGAGUUUUAUAGAAAUCCUGCCAAAGAAGAUGAAGAAAAACAGAGAAAGAUUCUGCAACAGAGAGAAGGAAUUUGUCUAUAAAUUCCAAGUAGGAAGUCAGUGCUUAGAACUGAAGGUGCCCCUCAGAUUUCCUGUUCAGGAGGCUGCCGGCCAUCUGCAUGGAAGACUGAUGCUGCUGCACAAUUUACCGUGCUUCAUUGAAAAUGAUUUAAAAGAAGCUCUGAGCCAGUUUCUAGAAGAAGAAUCCCUCAGAGAUUAUGACAGAGAUGCUGAAGCAUCACUAGAAGCUGUGAAAUCAGGAGAAGUAGAUUUACAUCAGCUGGCAAGUACAUGGGCCAAAGCUUAUGCUGAGACCACAUUAGAGCAUGCAAGGCCCGAAGAGCCCAGCUGGGAUGAAGAUUUUGCAGGUGUGUACCAUGACCUGAUCCAUUCGCCUGCCUCUGAAACGCUCCUAAAUUUGGAGCAUAAUUACUUUGUUAGUGUCUCAGAACUGAUUGCUGAGAGAGACGUGGAGCUGAAGAAAUUACGAGAGAGACAGGGUAUUGAAAUGGAAAAAGUGAUGCAGGAAUUAGGAAAGUCAUUGACAGAUCAAGAUGUAAACUCACUGGCUGCUCAGCAUUUUGAAUCCCAACAAGACUUAGAAAAUAAAUGGACAAAUGAAUUAAAACAAUCAACUGCUAUCCAAAAACAAGAGUAUCAGGAAUGGGUGAUAAAACUUCAUCAAGACCUCAAAAACCCCAAUAACACCUCACUCAGUGAAGAAAUUAAAGUCCAGCCAAGUCAGUUCAGAGAAUCUGUAGAAACAAAUGGGAGGAUUUAUGAAGAACAGAGAAAGUUAGAAGAAAGUUUUACCAUUCACUUAGGGGCCCAGUUGAAGACCAUGCAUAAUUUGAGAUUGCUGAGAGCAGAUAUGCUAGACUUCUGUAAGCACAGACGAAAUCAUCGAAGUGGCGUGAAACUCCAUCGGCUCCAAACAGCGCUGUCACUUUAUUCCACAUCUCUCUGUGGCCUGGUUUUACUAGUAGAUAAUCGAAUCAAUUCAUACAGUGGAAUUAAAAGAGAUUUUGCCACAGUCUGCCAAGAAUGCACUGAUUUCCAUUUUCCCCGAAUUGAAGAGCAACUGGAAAUUGUCCAGCAGGUGGUACUUUAUGCUAGAACCCAGCGCAGCAGCAAAUUGAAAGAAUCACAUGAUUCUGGAAGCCGAAAUGGAGGAAGCAAUGAUAAAACUAAGAAUACCGAUCGAAACUAUUUAAAUAUUUUACCUGGAGAAUUCUACAUUACACGGCAUUCUAACCUCUCAGAAAUCCACGUUGCUUUCCAUCUGUGUGUGGACGACAAUGUGAAAUCAGGAAACAUCACUGCCCGUGAUCCUGCCAUUAUGGGACUCCGAAAUAUACUGAAGGUUUGCUGUACGCAUGACAUCACCACGAUAAGCAUUCCUCUCUUGCUGGUGCAUGAUAUGUCAGAGAAAUGAACUCCUUGUGGAAGUGCAAGCCACAUCCAUGAUGACAUCCAACAAGUUAUAUCUUCUCGUGACCUUGUUGACUUCUAAAGCUUAUGGUUUACUUUUUCUAACUGCUCAAAGCCAGUCUUUCUAUGUGCUGGCUUUAGUUAGAGACAAAAAAGGCAGGGUGAAAAAAACCUACUGGCAAACAUCUAUCUUAUGCUUGAUGGAGUCUCUAGGUGAGUGUGUGGAAGAUGUGAAAACAACAUGGAUGUGCGUGUAUGUACCCAUGUGCAGCUGCCUAGAUCUCCUUUCAGAUUCAUAUGCUGCCAGGCAGCAUUAAGUUUAAGUAAUCAGAAUCUGAGGGUUUAUAUCAUCCGAAAAUUAAUGUAUCUAUCACUUCAAAGAUAUCCUGGGAUCCUACCAUAAAUUGGUAUGUCGGAGUGUUCUCUAUAUAGCAUUGAUGAAACUUGCCAUCAAUUCACAUCAUUCUAAACAAUAUAUGAAAUUUUUAAUUUGACUCAGAUGAUUUCUCUGGACCACCCUAUUAGUCACACAUAUUUAAAACAUAGGAAUGCACGUUAUCUUAAAAACUGAUAAAUUUUAGAGUAAUAUUUUAAGAUGGUGCAAAUGCUCAGUUAUAUUUUAGUAUUUAUCCCUACAUAUGAUUCUUCAAUAAAAUUUUUAAAUUAAGUCAAAGAUAACUAGGCCUAAAGAAAAUUAGAACCAGAAGAAACAACCAAGCAUAGAGACAGAUAUACAGACUUGAGAGACUGGAAUUAUGAGACACAGACCAUGUAAUAGGCUAUCACUAUGUUUAAAGAGCUUAAAGACGAGCUUAAAAUGUCUUCAAGUAAAAAAGAAAGAUGCUAUGAAAAGUAACCUAGCAAAUAACAAAACAUUGCUGAGAUAAAUUUUAGAAGACCUAAAUAAAUGGAGAGAGAUACUGUUUUCAUGAAUUAAAAGACUCAGUGUUAUUAAGAUACCAGUUUCAAAUUUAACAACCUGUACAUUUAAAUCCCAAUCAAAAUGCAUACAACGUUAUUUUGUAGGUAUUUACAAGAUAAUUCUACAAUGUGUAUGGAAAUUCACAGGACCUAGCAGCCAAAACAGAAGCCCUGGCGGCACAGUGGUUAAGUGCUUGGCUGCUAACCAGAAGGUCGGCAGUUCGAAUCCACCACCUGCUCUGCUGGGUAAAGAUGUGGCAGUAUGCUUCCUUAAAGAUUUACAGCCUUGGAAACCCUAUGGGGCAGUUCUGUUCUGUCCUACGGGGUCACUGUGAGUUGGAAUUGACUCAACAGCAGUAGGUUUUGUUUGGGUUUAGCAGCCAAAACAAUUCUGAAAAAGACAAAGUUGAGAAACUUAUACCACCUCAAUUCGAGACUUACCAUAAAGCUACAGUAAUCAAUGCAGUGUGGUACUGGCAAAAGAACAGACUAUGGAUCAAAGGGACAGAAUAGAAAAUCCUGAAAUAGACCCAUACAUGUAUGGUUAUUUGAUUUUCGGCAGAUGCUAAGGCAGUUCCAUGGAAGAAACGGUUGUCUUUUCAACCAGUUGUGUUGGAAGAAUUGGAUAUUCAUUUAAAAUAAACUUGACCUUUACGUCACAUCAUAUGCAAAAAUUAAGUUAAAAUGGAUCAUAGACCUAAACAUAGGAGCUAAUGCUGUAAAGCUUCUAGAGGAAAAAAUAGAAGAAAAUCUUGGUGACAUUAAGCUACACACACAUUUGUUAGGACACAAAAAACAUAAACCGUAAAAGAAAACCUGAGAAAUUGUACUUCAUCAAGAUUCAAAACCUUUGUUCAUCAAAAGAUAGUGUUAAGACAACAGGCACAUAGACCAGUGGAACAGAAUUGAGAACCCAGACAUAAAUCCAUUCACAUAUGAGCAGCUCAUAUUUGACAAAGACCCAGUGUCAGUUAAUUGGGGAAAAGAUAGUCUUUUUAACAAAUGGUGCUGGCAUAACUGGAUAUCCACUUGCAAAAAAAUGAAACAGGACCCAUACCUCACACCAUGCACAAAAACUAACUCCAAGUGGAUCAGAGACCUAAACAUGAAGACUAAAACGAUAAAGAUCAUGGAAGAAAAAAUAGGGACAACAUUAGGAGCCCUAAUACAAAGCAUAAACAGAAUACAAAACAUUACCAAAAAUGACGAAGAGAAACCAGAUAACUGGGAGCUCCUAAAAAUCAAACACCUAUGCUCAUCUAAAGACUUCACCAAAAGAGUAAAAAGAACACCUACAGACUGGGAAAGAAUUUUCAGCUAUGACAUCUCCGACCAGCACUUGAUCUCUAAAGUCUAUAUGAUUCUGUUAAAACUCAACCACAGAAAGACAAACAACCCAAUCAAGAAGUGGGCAAAGGAUAUGAACACGCACUUCACUAAAGAAGAUAUUCAGGCAGCUAACAGAUACAUGAGAAAAUGCUCUCGAUCAUUAGCCAUUAGAGAAAUGCAAAUUAACACUACGAUGAGAUUCCAUCUCACUCCAACAAGUCUGGCAUUAAUCCAAAAAACACAAUAAAUGUUGGAGAGGCUGCGGAGAGAUUGGAACUCUUAUACACUGCUGGUGGGAAUGUAAAAUGGUACAACCACUUUGGAAAUCUAUCUGGCGUUUUCUUAAAAAGUUAGAAAUAGAACUACCAUACAACCCAGAAAUCCCACUCCUCGGGAUAUACCCUAGAGAAAUAAGAGCCUUUACAUGAACAGAUAUAUGCACACCCAUGUUUAUUGCAGCUUUGUUUACAAUAGCAAAAAGCUGGAAGCAGCCAAGGUGUCCAUCAACGGAUAAAUGGUUAAAUAAAUUGUGGGAUAUUCACACAAUGGAAUACUACGCAUCGAUAAAGAACAGUGAUAAAUCUGUGAAACAUUUCAUGACAUGGAGGAACCUGGAAGGCAUUAUGCUGAGCGAAAUUAGUCAGAGGCAAAAGGACAAAUAUUGUAUAAGACCAUUAUUAUAAGAUCUUGAGAAAUAGUAUAAACUGAGAAGAACACAUACUUUUGUGGUUAUGAGCGGGGGAGGGAGGGAAGGUGGGAGAGGGUUAUUUACAGAUUAGUUAGUAGAUAAGAACUACUUUAGGUAAAGGGAAGGACAAUACUCAAUACAUGGAAGGUCAGCUCAACUGGACUGGACCAAACGCAAAGAAGUUUCUGGGAUAAACUGAAUGCUUCAAAGGUCAGUGGAGCAAGGGCGGGGGUUUGGGGACUAUGGCUUAAGGGGACUUCUAAGUCAAUUGGCAAAAUAAUUCUAUUAUGAAAACGUUCUGCAUCCCACUUUGAAAUGUGGCGUCUGGGGUCUUAAAUGCUAACAAGUGGCCAUCUAAGAUGCAUCAGUUGGUCUCAACCUACCUAGAUCAAAGGAGAAUGAAGAACACCAAGGUCACACGAUAACUAUGAGCCCAAGAGACAGAAAGAGCCACAGGCACCAGAGACUUACAUCAUCCUGAGACCAGAAGAACUGGAUGGUGUCCGGUCACAACCGAUGACUGCCCUGACAGGGAACACAACAGAGAACCCCUGAGGGAGCAGGAGAACAGUGGGAUGCAGACCCCAAAUUCUCAUAAAAAGACCAUACUUAAUGGUCUGACUGAGACUAGAAGAAUCCCGGCGGUCAUGGUCCCCAAACCUUCUCUUGGCCCAGGACAGGAACCAUUCCUGAAGACAACUCAUCAGACAUGGAAGGGACUGGAGAAUGGGUUGGAGAGAGAUGCUGAUGAAGAGUGAGCUACUUGUAUUGGGUGGACACUUGAGACUGUGUUGGCAUCUCCUGUCUGGAGGGAAGAUAGGAGGGUAGAGAGGGUUAGAAACUGGCAAAAUCGUCAUAAAAGGAGAGACUGGAAGGAGGGAGCAGGCUGACUCAUUGGGGGAGAGUAAGUGGGACUAUGGAGUAAGGUGUAUAUAAGCUUAUAUGUGACAGACUUGAUUUGUAAACUUUCACUUAAAGCACAAUAAAAAUUAUUAAAAAAAAAAGUGUUAAGAAAAUGAAAAUACAAGAGGCGGGGCCAAAACGGCAGAGUAGUCAGAUGCUUUCGGUGGUCCCUCUUACAGCAAAGACCCAAAAAAAAACAAGCGAGUCUAAUCUAUGACAGUCUAGGAGCCCUGAACAUCAAAGGCAAAGUUGAGGAAUAGGACUGAGCAGCAGGGGGAGGGAGAGAUGGUUCAGAAGCAGUGAGGAGUUGCCAGGGCUGACCUAGUGGGAACAAGCACCAUAUAGGCCAGGAUCAGCUGGCACCAGCAGUGAAGCAAGCAGUGGCAUUUGGGAUGUGUAUUUCACAUCAGGAGACACCAAGCAGCGGAGAGUCUACUCAUGCCUCCAGAAUCUAUGGAAAGCAGCACUCAGUUGGCAAAAGAUAAGCACUUGUGUCUAACCUACUGUGCAGAUCAAAAAACAUCCCUUUGGGAAAGACCUCUCUCCCACUUACCUGCCCCCUUCUUGCUCUACACUGGUUCCAAGCCAGCUUCAGAGAUUGCCUCGUCCCCUGGGCUGGAUGUAGGACCUGUCACAUACCCUGAGCCAUUCUCCUGGCCUUGCAGAGCAAACAGAUUAACAAACCGGAAAAAUAAUCUGCCGGCUCCCCUAAGCCAGAACUCAGAGGAGAAACAGCUCCUUUGCCUAGGCACAGGCAUAAGGGGUCCACAGACUUUGAAUGCCUGUCACCCCUGCAUAGACCUGUAUGGGCCCAUUUUAACAGCAUAGGGCCUCACUAGCACAGUACAGCGGUAUAUACCUGAAGUCUAACUUCAACUGUUUCAGCUAUACGGUGGAGAGGUAGGUUCAUGACAAUUGACACUGCUCUGCCUAUUAAGUAGGGUCCUCACCUAUCCACAUCCGGGGCCUGAGGACUGGGGGCUCCAACCAUGGCACCUAACUACCUGCGACAGGGGUCCAAGAAUAAGCAGUGCCUCCCAGUCCUUAGAGCCAACAGCUUGGGUGCCUAUAGUCCAGCUGCAGAACCCACCCACCUGCGCACUCUAGGGAACAGGGGCACGCUUUCAUCACAGACACUCAGGGGCAGUUGUUAGCCCCCUGUCUUGCUCAGUGCGUGACCCCCUACUGCAGCCAGAUACCCGUGCCUACACUGAUCGUGCCUGCUUGUCUAGGACUGUAGGUGAGAGCCUGAACCACAUACUUGGUGACUGACUACCUGGACACCUGAGCUGAAUCCAUACAAGAAAAGUAAAUGGACUCCUGGGCUUAUAUACCUAGUAACACCUCUAACCACCUGGUGACAGGAUGAUAGAGCUUCGAAGCUUAUUAGUUAAACUAGCUCAUUUGAGGAGCCUAUUUGGGCAUAUCAAAACAAAAAAUAAGAAACUAGGACACAAUAAGAAAACAAAUAAAUACAAUAACUUAUUGAUGGCUCAGAGACAACAGUCAAUAUCAAAUCACAUACAGAGACAGACCAUGAUGGCUUUAGCAAGCUCCCAAAACAAUCAAGAAAUCUUCCAGAUGAAUUACCAGAGGUAGAAUACAGAUUAAUAUACAGAAAUCUUCAAGAGAUCAGGAAGGAUAUCAGACAAAAUGCAAAACAAAGCCAAGCAGCACACACACAAAGCAAUAGAGAAACUUAAGAAGAUCAGAAAAGAGCAUAAUGACAAAUUUAAUAGGCUGCAAGAAUCCAUAGACAGACAGCAAACAGACACCCAGAAGAUUAACAAGAAAAUUUCAGAAUUAGACAAUUCAAUAGAAAGUCAUAGGAACAGAACUGAGGAACUGGAAGUCAGAAUUAGUAAGAUUGAAGAUAAACCACUUGAUGCCAACAUAUUUGAGGAAAAAUCAGAUAAAAGAAUUUUUAAAAAUGAAGAAACCCCAAGAAUUAUGUGGGACUCUAUCAAGAGGAAUGAUCUAUGAGUGAAUGGAGUACCAGAAUGGGGGGGGGGGGCAGGGAGGGGAGGAAUAACAGAAAAUACAGAGAGAAUUAUUGAAGAUUGUUGGCAGAAAACUUCCCUGAUAUCAUGAAAAAUGAGAAGAUAUCUAUCCUAGAUGCUCAUAAAAGUCUGCACAAGGUAGUUUCCAAAAGAAAGUCACCAAGACGUAUUAUAAUCAAACUUGCCAAAACCAGAGAUAAAGACAGAAUUUUAAGAGUGGCUAGGGAUAAACAAAAAGUCACUUAACAAAGGACAGUCAAUAAGAAGACUAAGCUAAGAUUACUCAGCAGAAACCAUGCAGACAAGAAGGCAAUAGGAUGACAUAUAUAAAGCCUUGAAGGAAAAAAAUUGCCAGCCAAGAAUUGUAUAUCCAGCAAAACUCUCUCUCAAAUAUGAUGGCAAAAUUAGGACAUUUCCAGAUAAAUAGAAGUUUAGGGAAUUUCCAAAACAAAGCCAUUAUUACAAGAAAUACUAAAGGGAGUCCUCUGGUUAGAAGAUCAGUCACAUCAGAUAACAACCCAAGACUAGAACACAGGACAGAGCAACCGGAUAUCAACCCAGAUAGGGAACUCACAAAAAUAGAUCAAAGCUAAAAUGCUCAAAACAGGAAAACAGAGACAUCAUUAUAUGACAAUAUUAAAACAAACAAACAAAAAAAAAGACUGAAAAAAUGUAGUCAUAGAUCUAUCAUAUGGAGAGAAAGUCAAGGCAAUAUAAAGAAAUAAAAGAUUGCAUUAAACUUAGAACAAUAGCAGUAAAUAUUAAGGGAACCACAAAGGAAACUAACAGUUCUAUACAUCAAAAUAAGAAAAAAUACAGACUCAGCUAAUACAAAAUCUACAGCAAUAAAAAAGAGGAAAAGAAAAUACAUAAAGAAAAACGACAGUGCAGAAAAUUAAGUGGAACAAAGAAACUGUCAACGCAAGAAAAAAGACAUCAAAAUGACAGCACUAAAAUCAUACCUAUCCAUAAUUAUGCUGAAUGUAAAUGCACCAAUAAAGAGACAGAGAGUGGAUUAAAAAAAAACACAAUCCAUCUAUAUGCUGCCUGCAAGACACACAGCUUAGACUUAAAGACACAAACUAAAACUCAAAGGAUGAAAAAAUAUAUAUCAAGCAAACAACAAUCAAAAAAGAGCAGGAGUGGCAGUAUUAAUGUCUGACAAAAUAGACUUUAAAGUAAAAUUCUUCACAAAGGAAAGGAAAGGACACUAUAUGAUGAUUAAAGGAUCCAUACACCAGGAAGACAUAACCAUAAUAAAAAUUUAUGCACCCGAACAACUGGGCUCCAAAAUACAUAAAACAAACUCUAAUAGCCUUGGAAAGAGAGAUACACAUCUCUACAAUAAUAGCAGGAGACUUCACCACUUUCAGUCAAGGGGAGAAAGAAGCUCAAUGAAGACACAGACCAUCUAAAUGCCACAAUCAACCAUCUUGACCUCAUAGACAUACACAGAACACUCUACCCAACAGCAGCCAAGUAUACUUUCUUUUCCAAUGCACAUGCAACAUUCUCCAGAAUAGACCACAUAUUAGGUCAUAAAGCAAGCCUUAACAGAAUCCAAAACAUUGAAAUAUUAACUAAGUAUCUUUUCUGACCAUAAAGCCAUAAAAGUAGAAAUCAAUAACAGAAAAAGCAAGGGAAAAAAAUCAGACACAUGGAAACUGAAAACACCUUCCUCAAAAACUACUGUGUUAUAGAAGAAAUUAAGGGCAGAAUAAAUAAAUUCAUAGAAUCAAAUAAGAAUGAAAACACAUCCUAUCAGAACCUUUGGGACACAGCAAAUGCAGUGUACAGAGGUCAAUUUAUAGCAAUAAAUGGGCACAUCCAAAAAGAAAAAAGGGCCAAAAUCAAAGCAUUAACCCUACAACUCAAACAAAUAGAGCAGCAAAAGAAGCCCUCAGGCACCAGAAGAUAGCAGAUAAUAAAAACAAGAGCAGAAUUAAAUGAAAUAUAGAGACUAGAAAAACAAUCGAAAGAGUUAACCAGACCAAAAGUUGGUUCUUUGAAAAGAUUAACAAAAUUGAUAAACCCUUGGCCAAAUUGACAAACCAAAAACAGGAGAGGAAGCAAAUAACCCAAAUAAGAAAUAAUAUGGGCGAUAUCACAACAGACCCAACUGAAAUUAAAAGAACCAUAUCAGAUUACUAUGAAAAUUGUACUCUAACUAAUUUGAAAACCUAGAGGAAAUAGACAAAUUUCUAGAAACAUACUACCCACCUAAACUAACACAAACAGAGGUAGAACAACUAAACAAACCUAUAACAAAAGAAGAGAUUGAAAAGGUAAUAAAAAAAAAAAAAAACAAUAAAAAAAAAACCCAACAAAAAAAAAAGGCCCUGGCCCUGGUGGCUUCACUAGAGAAUUCUACCAAACUGUCAGAGAAGAGUUAGCACUACUACUACCAAAGGUAUUUCAGAGCAUAGAAAAGGAUGGAAUACUUCCAAACUCAUUCUAUGAAGCCAGCAUAACCCUGAUACAAAGACACCACAAAAAAAGGAAAAUUACAGGUCAUUAUCCCUCAUGAACAUAGAUGCAAAAUCCUCAACAAAAUUCUAGCCAAUAGAAUUCAACCACAUAUCAAAUAAAUAAUUUCCAUCACCAAGUGGGAUUCAUACCAGAUAUCCAGGGAUGGUUCAACAUCAGGAAGACAAUGUAAUCCAUCACAUAAAUAAAACAAAAGACAAGAACCACAUGAUCUUAUCAGUUGAUGCAGAAAAGGCAUUUGACAAAGGCCAACACCCAUUCAUAAUAAAAACUCUGAGCAAAAUAGGAAUAGAAAGGAAAUUCCUCAAUAUAAUAAAGGAAAUUUAUACAAAGCCAACAGCCAACAUCGUCCUAAAUGGAGAGAUUCUGAAAACAUUCCGCUUGAGAAUGGGAACCAGACAAGGAUGCCCUUUAUUACCACUCUUAUUCAACAUUGUGCUGGAGGUCCUAGCCAGAGUGAUUAGGCUAGGAAAAGAAAUAAAGGGCAUCCAAAUUGAUAAGGAAGAAGUAAAAGUAUCUCUAUUUGCAGAUGAUAUGAUCUUAUACAAGAAAACCCUAAAGAAUCCACAAAACUACCGGAACUAAUAGAAGAGUUCAGCAGAUUAUCAGGAUACAAGAUAAACAUGCAAAAAUCAGUUGGAUUUCUCUACACCAACAGAGAAUGUCGAAGAGAAAAUCACCAAAUCAAUACCAUUUGCAAUAGCCCCCAAGAAGAUAAAAUACUUAGGAAUAAAUCUCACCAGAAACCUGAAAGACCUAUACAAAGAAAAUUACGAGACACUACUCCAAGAAACCAAAAGAGACCUACAUUAAGUGGAAAAACAUACCUCGUUCACAGAUAAGAAGACUCAACAUUGUGAAAAUGUCUAUUCUACUCAAAGCGAUCUAUACAUAAAAUGCAAUCCCCAUCCAAAUUCCAAUGGCAUUUUUUAAUGAGAUGGAGAAACAAAUCACCAACUUCAUAUGGAAAGGAAAGAAGCCCUGGUAAGUAAAGCAUUACUGAAGAAGAACAAAGUAGGAGGCCUCACACUACCUGAUUUUAGAACCUAUUAUACCAUGGUGGCGUAGUGGUUAAGUGCUACCACUGCUAACCAAAGGGUCGGCAGUUCAAAUCCGCCAGGCGCUUCUUGGAAACUCUAUGGGGCAGUUCUACUCUGUCCUAUAGGGUCGCUAUAAGUCGGCAUCAACUCGAUGGCACUGGGUUUGGUUUGUUUGUGUUUUUUAUACAGCCAUGGUAGUCAAAACAGCCUGGUACUGGUACAACAACAGAUACACAGACCAAUGGGACAGAAUUGAGGUUCCAGAUGUAAAUUCAUCCACCUGUGAACAGCUGAUAUUUGACAAAGGCCCAAUAGUCCAUUAAAUGGGGAAAAGACAGUCUCUAAGAAAUGGUGCGGGCAUAACUGGAUAUCCAUCUGCAAAAAAAACGAAACAAGACCCAUACCUCCCACCAUGCACAAAAACUAACUCAAAAUGGAUCAAAGACCUAAAUAUAAAAUCUAAGAUGAUAAAGAUCAUGGAAGAAAAAAUAGGGACAAUGCUAGGAGCCUUAAUACAUGGCAUAAACAGAAUAUAAAACAUAACUAACAAUGGACAAACACCAGAAGAGAAACUAGAUAACUGGGAGCUGCUAAAAGUGAAACACUUAUGCUCAUCCAAAGAUUUCACCAAAAGAGUAAAAAGAUUACCUACAGACUGGGAAAAAAUUUUUGGCUACGACAUGUCUAGUCAGCAUCUAAUCCCUAAAAUCCACAAGAUACUGCAAAACCUCAACAACAAAAAGACAACUCAGUUAUAGAAUGGGCAAAGAAUAUGAAGAGGCACUUCACCAAAGACAUUCAGGUGGCUAACAGAUACAUGAGGAAAUGCUUAUGAUCAUUAGCCAUUAGAGAAAUGCAAAUCAAAACUACAACGAGAUACCAUCUCACCCCAACAAGGCUAGCAUUAAUCCAAAAAACCCAAAAUAAUAAAUGCUGGAGAGGUUGUGGAGAGACUGGAACAGUUAUACACUACCGGUGGAAAUGUAAAAUGGUAUGGCCACUUUGGAAAUCGCUUUGAUGUUUCCUUAAAAAGCUAGAAAUAGAACUACCGUAUGAUCCAGCAAUCCCACUUCUUGGAAUAUAUCCUAGAGAAAUAAGAGCCCUCACACAAAUAGAUAUGUGCACACCCGUGUUCAUUGCAGCACCGUUUACAAUGGCAAAAAGGUGGAAGCAACCUAGGUGCCCAUAACAGAUGAAUGGAUAAAUAAAUGUUAUAUUCACACAAUGGAAUACUAUGCAGCAAUAAAGAACAAUGAUGAAUACAUGAAACAUCUCAUAACGUGGAUGAAUCUGGAAGGCAUUAUGCUGAGUGAAAUUAGUCAGUUGCAAAAGGACAAAUAUUGUAUGAGAUCACUAUUAUAAGUACUCAAGAAAAGGUUUAAACACAGAAGAAAAUAUUCUUUGAUGGUUACGAGGGUGGGGUCGGAGGGAGACGGGUAUUCACUAACUAGAUGAUAGACAAUAAUUAUUUUAGCUGAAGAGAAGGACAACACACAAUACAGGGGAAUUAGCACAACUGGACUGAACCAAAACCUAAGUCGUUUUCCUGAAUAUAACCAAACACUUUAAGGGAUAGAGUAGCAGGGGCAGAGAUCUGGGGACCAUGGUUUCAAGGGACAUCUAGAUCAAUUGGCGUAACAAUGUGUAUUAAGAAAACAUUUUGCAUCCCACUUUGGUGAGUGGCAUCUGGGUUCUUAAAAGCUAGCAAGCGCCCAUCCAAGAUGUAUCAGUUGGUCCCAACUCAUCUGGAGCAAAGGAGAAUGAAGAACACUAAAGACACAAGGAAAAUAUGAGCCCAAGAGACAGAAAGGGCCACAUAAGCCAGAGACUCCAUCAGCCUGAGACCAGAAGAACUAGAUGGUGCCCGGCUACAACUAAAGACUUCCCUGACAGGGAACACAACAGAGAGUCCCUCAUGGAGCAGGAGAAAGGAUGGGUGCAGAACUCAAAUUCUAGUAAAAAGACCAGACUUAAUGAUCUGAUUGAGACUGGAAGGACCCUAGAGGACAUGGCCCCGGACUUUCUGUUAUCCCAAAACUAAAAGCAUUCCCAAAGCCAACUCUUCAGACAAAGAUUAGACUGGACUAUAAGAUGUAAAAUGAUUCUGGUGAGGUGUAUGCUUCUUAGCUCAAGCAGACACAUAAGACUAAGUGGGCAGCUCCUAUCCAGAGGCGAGAUAAGAAGGCAGAGGGGGACAAAAGCUGGUUGAAUGGACACGGGAAAUACAGGGUAGAAAGGAGUGUGUUGUCACACUAGAGGGAGAGCAGCUAGGGCCACAUAACAAUAUAUUAAGUUUUUGUGUGAGAAAUUGAAUUGAAUUGUAAACUUAAAGCACAAUUAGGAAAAAAGGAAAAUUUUAAAAAAUAAAAAUACAAGCUGUGGACUGGGGAAAAAUACUUACAAAACGUGCUAGAAUAUAUAAAGAACUAUACCACUCAAUAUCAAAAAGACAAAAAGCACAUUGAACAUAUACUUCACAAAAUGUGAUAUCUGAAUGGUAAAUUAGCACUUGAAAAGAUUUUCAACAUUAUAGUCUUCAGGGAAAUGCAAAUUAAGACUAUAAUGAGACUACUGCUGCAUACCCAUUUGAAUGGCUAAAAUUUAAAAGUCUGACAAUACUGUUGAGUGUUGCUGAGGAUAUGGGGCAAUUGGAACUUUCAUACAUUGCUGGUUUGGCAGUUUCUUAUAAAAUUAAACAUAUAUAUAACCCAGGAAACCCACUCCUAGAUAUUUACUCAAGAGAAAUGAAAACAUAAUGACCAAGACAUAUACUCAAAUGCUCAUCAACUGUUGCAUGGAUAAAUAAAUCAGGUGUAUCUAUACAGUGGAAUAUUACUCUGCAAUAAAAAGGAAAUCCUACUGAUACAUCUAACAGCAUGGAUGUAUUUUUUUUUAAGUCUUUAUAAGAAGGGAAAGAAGCCACGCAUGAAAGAUUGAUUGUAUGAUUCCAUUUAAAUGAAGUUAUUAAAAACAUAAAACUUCAGAGGCGGAAAGUAGAUCACUCAAAAAAAAAAAAAAAAAACCUGUUCCC